AUGUGCACCAACAUAGUUUACGAGUGGCUGAAAGCGCUGCAGCUCCCGCAGUACGCGGAGUCCUUCGUGGAUAACGGCUACGAUGACCUGGAGGUGUGCAAGCAGAUCGGGGACCCGGACCUGGACGCCAUCGGGGUGCUGGCGCCCGCGCACCGGCGUCGCAUCCUGGAGGCCGUGCGCCGGCUGCGGGAGCAGGACGCCGCCGCCGCCGGCCUCUACUUCACGCUGGAGCCGCAGCCGCCGCCCGCGCCACCCGGGCCGCCUUCGGUCGCCGUCCCCACUCGCCGCCGGGGGGAGCCUUGCGGCGGCCAGGCCCAGGGCCCCCGCGGGGACCCCCGCAGCCUGACGACCGCCCCUCGCGGCAGGGAGCUGGUGAGCUACCCGAAGCUGAAGCUGAAGAUCAUGAUCAGGGAUAAGCUCGUCCGCGACGGCAUCCACCUGAGCAAGCCCCCGUACUCCCGCAAGGUCCCAAUGGCUGGCAUCCUAGAGUUCUUAAUGAAUUGGCCGAAGUCAUCACAGAACCGCUAGAUAUCAUUUUUGAGAACUCGUGGAGGACUG